GCCGCCCUCGCUUUACGGCUCAGCGUGUUUUGCGACGCCUAAGAUGGCUGCCCCCAGGGCACAAUGAGCCCAUUCUGCCUGCCGCUGCCGCCGCCGCGCCGCUCGGGGGGACCGGCACGAGCAGCGCGGCCGCCGCGCCCAUCCGCCGCCCGCUGACGGCGGCCGCAGCGAGCGACUGAGCGAGGGGAGGGAGGGAGGCUCGUCCGCAGCCGCGGGGCCGUGAGGAUGUGGGGCGCCCUGGCGCGGCGCGGCGGGCGCGGCGGCUGGCGGGGGCUGGCAGCGGGCCGCCCCCCGGCGGCGGCGGCGCCCUGGAGCCAGGUGGUGUCGGAGGCCGAGAAGAUCGUGGGCUACCCGACGUCCUUCAUGAGCCUGCGGUGCCUGCUGAGCGAUGAGCUGAGCAACAUCGCCAUGCAGGUCCGCAAGCUGGUGGGCACCAAGCACCCGCUGCUCGACACCGCCCGGGGGUUUGUGUGUGAUAGCCGGAAUAAUUUACAGAUGCGAGGUUUGGUCGUAUUGCUUAUUUCCAAAGCUGCAGGACCCAGCACAGCAGAACUCUCUUUCCAGCACAACAUGGUCAGUGGAAUUUAUUCCAGUCAAAGAAGUCUGGCUGAGAUUACAGAAUUGAUCCACACUGCCUUUCUGGUGCAUCGUGGCAUAGUAAAUAUUGGUGAGCUGAAGUCCUGUGAUGGCCCGCUGAAGGAUAUGCAGUUUGGAAAUAAAAUGGCCGUUCUGAGUGGAGAUUUUCUUCUAGCAAAUGCUUGCACAAGUCUUGCGCAGUUGCAGAAUACCAAGGUUGUGGAACUCAUAUCAAGUGCUAUUGGUGACCUAGUGCAAGGUAUAUAUUAUGAAAACUCAAAAUUAUCUGAGGAAAACUGUCUUACAGAUGAUAUCGGAAUAUCAACUUGGAAAGAACAGGUUUUCCUCUCCCAUAGUGCCUUGCUGGCAAAGAGCUGCCAGGCUGCAAUGGAAUUAGCAAAGCAUAACGCAGAGAUUCAGGACAUGGCAUUUCAGUAUGGAAAGCACAUGUCUAUGAGUCACAAGCUACAUUCAGACCUUCAGCCAUUUGUUAAAGGAAGUUCUAGUGACACCGUGGUCUUCAGUUUAAAUUCUGCUCCUGCAGUCCUGCAUCAGGAAUUCCUUGGAAGAGAGGCAUGGAUUAAACAGAUUAGAGAGGCACAAGGAAAAGGAAGCAUAAUGGACUACAAGAAGUUGCAAGAAGCAAUCAAGGCUGGCAAAGGUGUGACUUCUGCGAUUGACCAGUGCCGUUUCCAUGGAAACCGAGCGCUGGCGGCCCUGGAGAGCUUCCCUCCCUCGGAGGCCCGAUCCGCUUUAGCGAACAUCGUGUAUGCCGCGACCAGAUUUUCCUGACGCGGGCUUCGCGAGGGAGCCGCCACUCGUCGCGGGAAUGGUGGAGAAAGCACCCCGUUUACUGCAGCGUGCGAAAUCCAGCCCCCUCGCUCCCACCUACGCCUCGCCGCGGGGACACGUGCCCCUUCUGGAAGCGCCGCCAUCAAAAUUAGCAGGGGGGGAAGAAAGGGGAAAAAAAAAGGUCAAGCCGUUUUCACUUGUCACGCCAGAAGCACACUUGAGGCCGCACUGGUAGAAAUAAUUAAUGAGCCUCGCUGCUGUGCCCUCAGCAAAUGGCCAGGAAAUAAGCCCGUAUUGAUCAGGCGCGGGCAGGGAUGGCGCCAGGGCGGAGGCCGGUGGUUUUCCUGCGCGGGCGAGGACUGCAGGGGCUGGCAAGUGCCCCGUGUCCUGGCAAGCGCGAGCAGCCCGGGCCGAGAAAUGAUGCCCCCCCCACCCCCGCUCCUCCAGCCGAAGGGGCAGUUCAGGGAAUUAAGGGGGGGGGUGGGAAAAUCCCGUAUCUGUCUGCACGCAGCUCCCCAUCACUGGUUUUUUUUUUUUUAUGUAUUCCAAUGUAAAAUUGCUCUGUGCCUAAUGCUUUCGGUAGUUGGGAAGCUUGCUGAGAAAAUGUGUCAAGCAUAGUAAGUAGGAGCUUUAAAAUAUUUAAUCAAAUAUUAAUUUGGCUCUGUUAAGAGAAGCGACUGCCGGGUUUUUUAUACCGCGUGUAUAAAAUACGUUUUGCUCUGGGUCGGAGAAUGAGAUUUUUCAGCUCUUUGGGGGGAGGGAAUAUCCUUCCCUCAGAUCAAGCAGUUUGUAUCAACACAACCUCACACGAAAUAACUCCCUAGAUUUGUGACACUUAUUUUCAUUUAAGCCAAAUAAAUGUUAAUUUGAAAGGCUUGACAUCAGCCUUUGGCAGCCAGGAGCAAGGCAUACUCUUCUGUGAGCACAGUCUCUCACCGUUCUGAAUAAAAUGCGUAAUACUGGAGCAGUUUUUAACCUUAGCGUGUUGAAUUUUAAAGCCCCAAUCACAGAGAGCCUGUAAGGUGUAUGAGAAGCCCACAAUUUGACACUGUCUCUAUUUUGGUCAUAGGAGAUGAUUUUUGUGGUUUGCAUGCGUGCAAUCUGAGCCCGUCGUUGACAAGAAGGCUGAGUUUACAUAAAUGAUCUAGAUUGAGACUCAGCUACCUUUCUUCCUUCUGUGGUGUAAUUACAGCCCAAUCUGGAGACAGCUAGCACAGCAAACAGAUUUCAUUACAGCGUUCGCUCAAACACUAAGUGGAGUUAUUUCUGUUAAAUUCUCUGCUGCCUCCUUCUCCUCCUGCAACUCCUUCCCCCUCAGGCCAGCGUGUUGCAUUCCGCUGAAUGGAAAAUAUAAAUAAAAACUGGGUCCUCCAAAAAUAUACUGUAUAAUAUAUACUGUAUAAUGUACAUACUAUACUGUGUAAUAUAUGUCUAUAUUAUACAAUAUAUUAUAUGUGUAGUAAGUACCCUUGAGAUGCAACCUUUGCAUGGGAGCAGGGUCCAGCACUCAGGUCUUGCUUUGCUUUGGAGAGUGGCUGCAACACCAGACUGCAGCGUGCUCGCACGCUUCUCUCCGUGGCAUAUUCUCUCUUCCCGAGAGCCUGGCGCUGCUGCCAGGGUUAGCGCUCUUGCUGCAGUAGGAAGGCUGGAGACAGGGAAGAACUGAGAAGCGUGGGUUAGCCCAGAGGCAGCUGCGCUAGCAGAACUUCAGGGAACUUCCCAGGUGAAAAUGUGGCGGGGGUUGAUAGAGUAAAUAGCAUGCCUGAAUGUAAAUACCUAAAUUCAAGCCAAGUUAUAUUUCAGACAGCUUUUUUUGGAUCUUGUUUUCACACGUUCCGUUUACUAGGAGCCUUACGUUGUCUUUAUCUUGUAUCUACACUGAAGUGCUUCAUAAUGCUUUAGGACUGCAAGAAGCUUGGAUCUGCUGGAGAUGUUCUGAGCCAUCUCACCUGAGUUAUGUGAAAGAAAUAGCAAACAUUGCAAAACUGUGUAUCCCUGGUUUAUUUUUUCAUGAAAGUACAAUUUUUCUAUUUGUACUUUUUACUAAUAAAGGCAAAUCAGCAAAAAUAAAUAAUGGUAA